CAUUCCACAUUUUCUUAUACACAUAUUUCAUUUUCUUCUCACAAAUUUUCUCUCUCUCUAGAAGAAAAAAAAAUGGCAAUUAAGGUUCAUGGCCCUAUGAUGUCCCCUGCUGUUAUGAGAGUUGUUGCUGUACUCAAAGAAAAAGAUAUUGAUUUUGAACUUGUUCCUGUUAAUAUGCAAACUGGGGAUCACAAAAAGGAACCAUUCAUUUCACUCAACCCAUUUGGUCAAGUUCCAGCUUUUGAAGAUGGAGAUCUCAAGCUUUUUGAGUCAAGAGCUAUUACACAAUACAUAGCUCACACAUAUGCAGACAAAGGGAACCAACUCUUACCAACUGACCCCAAGAAAAUGGCAAUCAUGUCAGUAUGGAUGGAAGUAGAAUCCCAGAAAUUCGACCCCGUUGCUUCAAAACUAAGCUUUGAGAUAGUCAUUAAGCCAAUGUUGGGCAUGGUGACUGAUGAUGCAGUCGUGGCGGAGAACGAAGAAAAACUUGGUAAACUUCUCGACGUAUAUGAAUCUAGACUCAAGGAUUCGAAAUAUUUGGGCGGUGAGUGUUUUACGCUAGCUGAUUUGCACCACGCCCCGGCUUUGCACUACUUGAUGGGGAGUAAAGUGAAGAGCUUGUUUGAUGCUAGGCCUCAUGUUGGUGCUUGGGCUGCUGAUAUCUUGGCUAGGCCAGGUUGGUCUAAGACACUUGAGUUGAUUAAACACUAAAAGAUUUAGUGGCGGAUGGGUGAGUAAAUGCGUUGGAAGGGGGGGACAACAGUUCUGCUAAUACCCCGUAGGUUGAGGUGCAAAAUAUGGCCUAUGUAUUACUUGUAGGUUAAUAAAGUUAGGCCAUAAGUAACACUCUUUUGUAAUUUUUUGCUGUGUCCUUUAUCAUUUUGUUUUUAGAUGUGUGAUUUCGAGUGUUCGUUGUAUCGUAAGUUCUCUUUUAUUGAAUGCAAGCUUCUUUUUUUCAA